CGGACGGCUCGGGCGCGGGUAAUCAGCUCCCUUUACCCCUUUCACCACUUCUUGGGAUCGUGGAGCUUCUGGACCUGAUGCGGCCACUCAGUUGUGGACUGUCUCUCCCUGCUUCUCUACUACUCGGGGUGAUCCCGCGCCCAGACUGGUAUCCGGGGACUGUGACUUGCAGGGUCCGCCAUGGAGUCAGAGCAGAUGCUGGAGGGACAGACGCAGGUUUCGGAAAAUCCUCACUCUGAGUACGGUCUCACAGAUAACGUCGAGAGGAUAGUGGAAAAUGAGAAGAUUAAUGCAGAAAAGUCAUCAAAACAGAAAGUGGAUCUCCAGUCUUUGCCAACGCGUGCCUACCUGGAUCAGACUGUUGUGCCUAUCUUAUUACAGGGGCUUGCUGUGCUUGCAAAGGAAAGACCACCAAAUCCCAUUGAAUUUCUAGCAUCAUAUCUUUUAAAAAACAAGGCACAGUUUGAAGAUCGAAACUGACUUACUGGGAAGAACAGAAAAAUUUGGUUUCUACUAUAGAUUUACAUGAUUAAGAGGCAGCUUUAAUUGCCAUGAUUCCCCCCCACCCGCACAACCAUUUUGAAAGUAUAAGAACCUUCAGGACAACACCUUGUUACUGGAGUUGCAGAAGAAAACAUAUUUCCCUUAUUUUGAUUUAAUCACCAUACUUAUUUAAUGAGUGUAUUAUGUGCAAUUUUUUCUCAGAUUGUCUUUAAUUUUGUUUUUAAAAUGACCUUCAAAAUAAACUGUUAAAUGUCA